AUGGCACCAAAAUCCACUUCGACUCAAAGACUUAAAGUCACAUGGCUUCAACGACGACUCCAAACGACAGCAUUAGAAUCACAUAACAACUGCAACAGCUUCAACAACAGUACUAGAAUCACACAACGGCUUCAACGAUGA